UCCCUUCGUGCUCACUUUGGCUUUCAUGUGUCACAAAACUUAAAUGUUCAUCUUUGUGAUUAGUACAGCGCUCUGCUGCGCUAAGAGACGAUAGCAAAGUCUUGAAAGAAAGUAAACGAGAGUUCUGUAGCUUCCACGGCGCUUCUGGGAAACAUAGUUCUAUGUGCUGCUAAAAGUCAAUCUUGCGUCAUCAUUCGGUCAUGUAGCUAGCUAACAACACUUCGCACCAGAGAGAGCUUGGAAUGGCGGGGGAGAGUAGCGGAGAAGACAUAGUUUCAGAGUACCUGGGCCAGAACCCGCACCUGGCCCCCUGGAUUGACUCCCUCAGGGGAUAUUGUGAGACCAACAAGCAGUGGUUCGCCCGGAGAGAGUUCAUAUUGCGAAAUAUGGAGACUUUCUCAACAGUGGAGCCAGGAGUCCCCAGCAGCAGUCUGGAUAAGCUGAUAUCUCUGUCUAUGGUCUGGGCCAAUCACGUUUUCCUCGGCUGCAGCUAUCCACAGGCUGUAAUGGACAAGAUCAAGGAGAUGAGUGAGGGGAUCGUUGUUCAAGAUGCUCCUGUUCACAGAACCACAAAGGAUGAAUCUAUGAUGAAAGGAAAGCGGAGUGCUAAAUCUGAGGGCGAUGCUGAGAGCUGUGUGAAAAGAGCUAAAUGUGGCCCUAACGAGAUUGACAGUCGACCUGCAGGGAGGACAGCAACGUGGCCGAUGAGUCAGAAAGCAGGACCUCAACCACAGGCUCCAGCAGAGUACCAGCCUUUCUUUAACCGCCUCUACAAGACAGUGGCCUGGAAGUUGGUGUCAGCCGGGGGCUUUGGUCCCAACAUGGACCAUUUUGAAAUACUUCGUAGCUGCGUUGAGUCAUGUAAACAGACCUUGAUCUGUGUGUUUGUGCCACUGAAGGACAUCACAGGCCUCCCUACAGGUCGCACACAAAAAGAAGGCCACGUGUGUGAAAUUCGCUGUCAGACUGUCUACAUGGGUACAGGAUAUGGGCGAGAUGAAUCUGCUUCUAGAGCCAUGGCUGCCAAAGAAGCCCUUAAAGCCUUUCAGGGGCGAAAAGUGACAGUUAAGAUCUGUAAACGUAGGUACAAAGGGAGAGAUGUGGAGGAUUUGAUUUUGUUGGACGAACAGCCUCGGAAUCAGGGGUUUCCUCCCGCACUCAGUUACCCUUUUCAGGACAUGCAGCAGGAGGAUGGUUCUUCCUAAAGAAGCCAAACUGUGAUAUCUGCUCGAUAGUGAUCCCAGCUGGAGAAUCAAUAAGUGGCAUUUACAGAAUGGGGCCACUGAAGGAAUUCAUGACUGUAUCAGGACCAGACUGUUACCAUGAUCGUCAUCGUCAAGUAACUUUGAGCAUUAAAUAUCACAACACAUUUCCCACUUAACUUUGGUAUCAAAAUGCAGGAAAAAUAUGGUGAAACAAACAUCUGGAAAACACCAUCAAAAUGUGGUCUUUAGUGAAAACCUUUUCAACCUAUUCCAGGUUUAACCAUGAUAAAUGCAGAGUAACUGUGUGUGGAGUUCAAGCAUGUGCCAUUACUUCAUUAAAUCUAAGCCUCUGGAAAAAA